AUGAACGCUCAGAAUGUCAACCACACGCAAAAGGCUACUGCUGCCAAGGGUGAUGCAACACCUGUGGCUGCUGCAGCAACGGAAAAGAUGGAAGUGGAAGAGGCACUGGAUGAGGAAAUUCUCCAUAUGGCUCCUGAUGAUCUCAAAAGCAGAACUCAUCUGCUUGAUAAUGAAAUCCGCAUAAUGAGAAGUGAGGUUGAUGAAAGACCAUCGGAGCAGUACUCCGAUAUUGGAGGUUGUGACAAGCAAAUCCAAGAACUCAUCGAGGCUGUAGUACCGCCAAUGACACACAAGGACUGCUUUGUCAACCUCGGUUUCCAUCCACCAAAGGGAGUUUUGCUGUAUGGACCACCAGGUGCCAAGCGUUUCGAUUCUGAAAAAGCGGGUGACCGUGAAGUGCAACGUACUAUGCUUGAACUACUCAAUCAACUCAAUGGUUUCCAACCGAAUGACGAGAUCAAGUCGGCUAGACAGGAAAUCGAACUGCCACAUCCAAAUGAAGACGCUCGAGCACGUAUCAUGCAGAUUCACUCGAGAAAGAUGUACGUCAACAAAGACGUGAAUUUUGAAGGGCUGGCACGAUGCACUGAUGAUUUUAAUGGAGCUCAGUGCAAAGCUGUCUGUGUGGAAGCGGGUUUGAUUGCUUUGCGGCGCGAUGCAACCGAAGUGCUGCAUGAAGAUUUCGUGGACGCAAUUCUAGAGGUGCAAACAAAGAAGAAAGCAAGCUUUAACUAUUAUGCUUAA